CGUUCCGAUUUAAUUAGACGUCGCUCUCGAAAUUUCAACGCGCGAACGCACCGUCGUCGAUUACGAGUUACGCGUUACGUACGUGGCUUUAGCGACGAAAAUUCGAGAGUACGUGGACAUCCACCAUGGGUGUGGAUGAAACUGACCGCGGAAGUCAGCGACGGGCUGCGUUCUCAUUUAUAUACGAAUCUCGAAUAGCCAAUCGGGGAUAAACAAGCUGUUACUCGAUAAAGACAAAGUUAAAUUUGAGUCGCGAGUAUGUUGCGUCGUAUUUCGGUGAAUGAUUGUACCGAAAAUGUAUUGUCGUCACGGGAACGUUUAUUAUAGAAACAGUUCUUCUCGUUCCCAUCUUCUUAUUCUCUUCGUAUCUAUUUCUCGAAAUUCCUUUGUAUCUAGUUCUUGAGAUUUCUCUCAAACCUUGAAAACCCUGAACAAAGGGUGUCGUUGAUCGUCGCAGAUCGGUCGGUAGCAGCGUUAACGCCUAUUUGCACGGGCUGAAUGGUCUUUUUGCGUUUACAAGAAUGAAAAUGUGUACGGGCGUAUUUACGUGCGCGUGCGAUGAAAGAACGACACCGUAGCCUCGGGCAUCGGACGAUUCGAAGGGACGUUUCAAGGGAAGAAAGUUUGGUCGUUGUCCGACCAUAAAACCCGCUACGACCGUCUCGAUCGGUUUCAUACGGCGAACGUAAUUACAGGAUAGCUAUCGCGAGCUGGCCAGGGAUAUACAUAUGUACCACGAGACAGGCAUGGUCGGUCUCUUCCUUCCUACGGUUCGCUCGUAUUGAUCGUGCUUUACUUGUUGCACGCAUAGCAGACCCCGACCCCGUGCGCAUUCCCUAACCCUCUUUGUCUUCAUUUUCCAUCAGGGAAUCUAAUUAACGUCCGUCCGAAUUGUGCGAACGCGAUACCCACGCUCUAGUAGAACCUUUUCAACCGUCGAUCGAUUAUUCGAAGAUCUAGUAGCCAUUCUUCUAUCGACUGAAACGAAUACCGAAUUGUCAAUUCCUUUCGCUUUAUAUCCGGCCGAGUCGAAAUUUUCUUCGAGCAAAAAAUCGCGAGAAAAUCGAUCGUGCUUCGCGAUUAGUAGAUAUCGGUUGAAAUCGAUCCAUUAUCAUUGAUCCGAUAACGAGAAAAAGGGAAACGUUAGGCCCCUAUUUCGCAAUGUGCUGUAAAGCAACAAAGUUUCAGAGAACCAAACGAUGAUACCGAGCCACUUGAGCUAUCAUGAGCUGUAAACGAGUCGAAAGAAAUGCCAGGAUCCGACAUCAAGAUGCGCCGCACGCUAACGAUCGUCUCCUUGGUAGUGCUCUUCGCCGCGGCUUCUUCGCCCAUGGAAGAUUCGACCAGGAACGUUUUUGGUCAGUGCAUACUACCGCUAGGCAUGGAGGAAGGAAAGAUUCCGGACAAUGCGAUUUCCGCUUCCUCCAGUUACGAGACUAAGUCGGUGGGCCCUCAAAACGCGAGAAUUCGACAAGAGAAGAACGGCGGCGCCUGGUGCCCGAAAGCGCAGAUCAGCAGCGCGAUACGGGAGUACCUGGAAGUGGACCUAACGAGGGACCAUCUGAUCGCGUGGACGGAAACACAGGGACGAUUCGGAAACGGCCAAGGUCAGGAGUACGCGGAGGCCUUCUUUCUCGAGUACUGGCGCGACGCGAAGUGGCAUCAAUACAAGAAUUUGAGGGGUGACAGAGUACUACGCGGAAACAGCAACACCUACUUGGUGGCGAAGCAAAAGCUAGACUUGCCGUUCGUCGCGAGCAGGGUCCGUUUCGUUCCUUACAGUCAACAUCCUCGGACGGUUUGCAUGCGUGUAGAAAUCUACGGAUGCGUAUGGGAACAGUACGUAGCGAGGUACGCCGCCCCCAAAGGCUCGACACCGGGCCCAGGAGGAUGCAACGUGGAGGACUCGUCGUACGACGGCACCGAGCGCGACUCCGAGUCGUUCCUCGUCAACGGUCUGGGCCAGCUAACGGAUGGGAUUCUGGGGGACGUCGCGGAAAUUCUCACCGCCUCGACAAUCGGGACGAACUGGGUGGGCUGGACCAAUCGCGACGUCGUUCAGCUGAUCUUCGAGUUUCAAGAGCUGCGGGAAUUCGAGAAUUGUUCCCUACACGUUGCUCGUCUACCUGAACUGGAGAUCGAGCCGUUUUCAACGUUGCGAAUUUGGUUUUCUACCGACGGUGAAAAUUACCAGGCCGACUCGGAGAUAACGGAGACCCUGUCGAUCGACGCCAGUUCGGCCACCAACGACGGUAUCCUGACGUCGAUCGCGCUACAAUCUAAGAUCGGGAGAUUCGUGAAGUUAGAAUUAAGCUUCGGAGGCAAAUGGUUGCUCCUCAGCGAAAUCACGUUCUACACGGUCUCGGGUAUCAAGACCCGCUCCACCGAUUCCUAUUCUACGUUCGAUGGGUCGUUUCGAGCGGAUCGAAAUCAAAGCGAGUUAACGCCAAAGCCGCCCGAUUCCGAAGGGACGAUACCUGGCUUCAACGAGACAGAUAUUUACGAAACGCACGAGGACGUUUUAACGCCGGAUGCUUUUCCUGUCGGCACGUCGCAAACUUACAUCGGCCUCGUCAGCGGCCUAUUAACGGUGCUCGUUCUCUUCUUAACGUGCACGAUUUUUUUAAUCAAGCAAAGAGGCCGCAAUAAGGUGGCGCUGUUGCAAAAGCACACGGCCCUCCUUUGCGACUCGUCCGCGCCUGGGAUCGCGAUCAGCCCGAAGCACGUUAAGCUCCAGAACUCGAUCGUGAACGGGUUGUCGCUGGGUCGCAAACCGAUCACCAUCGCCACGGUGGUCUCCGCCAGCAACCUCGCAGCUAGCAACUCGCCCGAUCAGUCCGAUCGAGUGCGAACUAAUUCUUGGAACACCGCCAAUCUCGAUCGUCGUCCUUCCACGCUCUACGAAAAAACCUACAAAUUGUUCUCCGAAGAAAAUUUCGUUCUCGCGGAGCCGAACGCGUCCGUUUGCGCUACCAAUUCGUGCGCCACUGAUAAGAACGCUGCGAAGAAUCACGCAGAUUUCAAAUGCCAGCUAGGGUUCGCGAAAGAUAAGUCUACCGAAUUCGCCGUGCCAAUCACGACGUACUCGUCGAAGAAGAUGCAUCAUUUUCACUCAGGGAAAACACCUCAAAAGGUGCACGAAGCAUACUACGCGGCAACGGAUAUUUUGACGAUAAAAAGGCGGGAUCUCCCAUCCACCGUAAGUCCAUUCACGCCACUGCAUAUUCGCGAGAAGGGCGUACGUUUGCCGCGCACUCUCGACCCUUACGACGUACAACGAAUCUCCAGACACAGAUUGAGGAUUUUGGACAAACUCGGCGAAGGAAACUUUGGCUUGGUGCAUCUGUGCGAGGCAAAGGGCAUUACGAAUCCGGAACUGGGAUCUAUCCAGAAUCGGCAAACCGUAAUAGUUAGGUCUCUCUGGCGAGGCGUUGUAGAUUCUUUGAGGCUAGACUUCACGAACGACAUGCACGUUCUGGGAACGCUUCGGGAUUCCAACGUAACGAAGAUGAUCGCGCUAGUGGAAGAGGAACCGUUCGGAGCUGUAUUCGAGUACGGCCAACACGGAGAUCUCCCUACUUUCUUAGAGAGCCGCGAAAAGUCCGGUAACGAGGACACGAUCAGCUAUGAUACUCGCCUAAAUUUUGUCAUGCAAAUCGUAUCCGGCAUGAAAUACCUCGAGUCCUUGAACAUUCCGCACUGCGAUUUGGCAGCGAGAAAUUGCAUAGUCGGCCAAAAUCUGACGAUAAAAGUGUCCGACCACGCCAUGUACUGUAGCAAAUACGAUCAUCAUUAUUACAUCGACGGAUCCAACGCGAAAAUUCCGCUUCGUUGGAUGGCGUGGGAAGCGGUUCUAUUGAGUAAGCGUAGCUGUCAAGCCGACGUCUGGUCCUUCGCUGUGACGGUUUGGGAAAUCUUCAUGAAUUGCGAGGAAAUGCCGUACGCCGAUUUAACGGCGGAACAAGUUCUGGAGAAUUGCGGCCGUUGGUACCAGAGCGAGGCGUGCAUCGUGAACGGGAUCGGUAACAACGACGAAAGGAAUCAGUUUCGAGUUCUCGCGAGGCCCAACCGCUGCUCGGACGAUCUCUAUCGCAUGAUGAACAAGUGUUGGAGCAAACGAACCGAGAGCAGACCUACCUUCGAAGAAAUCUACCUUUACCUAGAGAGACUAGCGCUCGAUUGAACGUUCGAGAUGCUCGAUCGAGUAGCACGGACCAAAUCGGUUACAAUCAGCUAUGAAGCAUCCUGUACCGCGUACGUAAAUUUAUCUUUUUUACGCUCGUCCACGUCCUCGUCCCACUUCACUGCUCCUCUAACUCGGCAAGAGAUUAACUCCCCUCUCUCGUGCACCACCCUUCCCCCCCGUCCUUCUCCCUUUCCAAGCAUGUGGGUCCUCCGUUCCGCGGGAGGAUCGUACAAAUCGACGCGCGCCCCCAGGAUGCUCUAGCCAUCGAAUCGUAAUGCUCAACUAGGUUUACUUGAGUCGAUCUUUACGUAUAUAAGAAUAUAUUAUAUUAUGCCGAAUAGGUUCGCCGUCAUCGGGGAAACGAAAAUUUUUGUAUAAAAGAUAAUGCAUAUUCUCGUCUUUUCGUCUAUGACCUAGCGAUCGCGCGAAUGGUAGAAGUUACUUAAAAAUUGGCAGGAUCGCGUCGCUCUAUAUCGAAUAGAGUAGUGCUCGGUUAAAUGAGAAAAUCUAACUACGGAUGAACGAAAAAUGAUAUCGUUACGUUUCUCCAACGCGAGCUGUAGCUGCGACAACGCGCGUAAAAAAAUAUUUGCAUUCCUUGCUGUAUCUUCGCGAUAGCGUUAUCAAAGAUUGGCGGGUGUUUGCUUAUUAUAAUCAGACGAAAUGAAUAGAUCUCAGCUUGAAUACGAAUUUCCAAUCGCUCCCCACUAAUUAACCAUCUCGUUCUCAUUUAAUCGGACACUACUGUAUUUUAACACUUUGAACCUUCGUUAGUGUCCGAUAAUACUACCGCUCGCUAUACGUACGAUAUACGGCAUUACGCAAGUAAAGUAAGUAAGAGCUCACCGAUUUAGAAUAACGCGACGAUAACUCGUAUCCGAACGCGUUAUUCUCGAAUUCGUGACGGAAUCGAGGUUUCCUAUUAUGUCAUUUCUCGACUAAGCGUUCAUCUUGAUCGAAAAUAAAUCAACUCGUUCGUGGAAGGGUUCCCGCGUGCGAAUGUCCUUGAAAGUUUCCCGAGACAACGCUGGACAUUCGCACGAUACGCGUUCCCUUUCGUUUCUUGUUUCAACGAUCGAUUAUGCGCUAACUCUUGUAAUUAAGCGAUAGCCUGUAAAUUAUUUGCGCGCGUUACUACAAACGAAACGGGACAAUCAAUUUCGCAAACGUUGUUUCAUACACCACGCGAUACGCAUAUCAAACGGUAAUUAUCGAUCGACGCACUGGUAUCUGUACUUAAUCGCACCUGUACUCGAAACAGCUACGCCACCUGCGCAGGAUUACCACGUGUAAAGAUUAUCGAAAGUAAGAAUAAGCUCGCGUAGUUUAUCUCAAACGUUCGACGACGAAGACACUCGUUCAAAUUGCGAGUACAUUUGUUUUUCGAACGACGCCAAUAAUCAUUGCACGUGGAAACCGCGCGUUACUUUGAGUCGAUAAUUAAAGCGCGUCGUCGUAUCGCGUUGGUAUCGCGCGUUCGUUUCUAUCGAACAAUUUUUUCCAUUUACGGUUACAGAUAAUCGAAAUUUGUAAUACAAAUCGCACACGUAUCCUAUCGAAAAUUAUAUUCUUCAUAUUUCCAAAGUUACGACGAAUAAAUAUUGUUAUACCAUC